CACCUGUUGACGCUAAAUGAAAUUUCAAAUGUGAUUCUGAUUUUCGGCCAUUUACUCUCAAGCAUCAAUGACUUUGAAAUUUGUAGAGUAUUGUCGACGACCUUCCUUUGAUUUAUUCCUUGUUUCGUAAAUCGUAUUGUAUCCUUACCCUCGAGCUUGACCAUACAACAACAUCUGUUGAAAAAACAAAUCAUUGAGUGGUAUAUAUUUAUAACCUUCAUUUCCCGCUAAUUGAUCUACGUACAGCGCCUAUUUUAGAGUAAAUCUAAAACAAUCACUCAACCACAAACCAUACAUCAAGAGUUUUUUACACUUCUUAGGGUUCUUUCCCCACUCAAUUUUUAUGUCCUAGUUGUGCUCCUUUGUCACACAUUGAUUAUCACGUAUGAAAUUUCAAUACAGCAAGAUGAAGCCUCAAAGAUUGUCCAAGAUGAGAUCAUUGCUUUUCUCGAAGAUGAGCAGUCCCCUCUUCGGGGCUGCAAUGAUCCACUUGAUGUCACUGGAGUAUUGUUUUCACUUGGUGAAAGGAGUCACCCUGCAAUCUUAUCGUCCACGAGAGUGCGACUUCGCCGAUAUCAGAGGUGUACAAGGCGGAGACCCGCCUUCCAAUGGAAGCUUCGGGUCUGGGUCUACGCAGUGCUAUGAGGAGCCGAGUAGCCGUUCGUCUACUACUGUGCCGGACGAACCAAGCCCUAAAGAGGUGAACAAUAGAGUUGUCAGUUUUUCUUUUGAUGUCGAGAAGGAGAUACAAGAACGAGAUGAACGGAACGGUGGACGAGGAGAUGCAGAAAAAGAUACUCCUCGUACGUUAGCGACCAAGUGUCAGCAAAAGUAUGCGUGUUUGCAGGGAGAGUUUUCCGCGGUUCAAGAAGAAAUGAAAGAAGACCUCGAGAUGUUUCAGAAAAUGCAAGAUCGGCUUCAGAGGUAUUGGGAGGCUUUUCUCGAACCGAUCUGGGAGCAUGUGAAAACUACGUUCGAAUCGGACCUGCACUCUCCGGUUGGGCGAAAGAGUCGUCGUCUCGCUCUUCGUCUUCUAGACAAAACAUCGAAAGACCUCGAAAGACUCAUGUUUCAUUUAGAAAAGCGGCAGCAGAAAUGCCUCGAAGAUGAGAAACUAAUCGGCGAGACUAUUCCACACAUGCACGCAAUUCAGCAGAGACUUGAGAAUUUGAGGACAACUGCGUGUCAGCUUGAAGAUGAAGCCGAAUUCGUGGCAAUAAUUGCAGACAUUGCUGAAUUUACAAGAAAACUUGGCACCUACAAAGUGCAAUGGCUGGAAGCAGCUGUAGUGAAAUCGUGGGAAGAUCUAGUUGCAAUGAUGGAGAAAAUGUAUGCUGAAAUUUUCCCGACUCAGUCAGGCCAUGAAGAUGAGCACUCAAGCGAGGCGAAAGACGAUGCGGGCUUCAGGAUUAUGCGCAUGGCGCGGGAGCGGCUCGCCUUGGCUAGAGGAAAGCUAUACCUCAUGGUGGAGAAAAACCGAGUACUAGAGACACAAGACACUGCUAAUGCUUUGAUUAAGGCAAUUACAAACUACGUGAGGACGCAUAGAGUCGGAAAAGACAACUAUGGAUCAGCUAUUGACGAUAUGGGCGGACUUGGAAAACUACUUCGUGAGGAUGAUCAGGACAUUGCGGAGGAUCCUUUUUCUGCGUACAAGAAGCUGACGAAAUUGAUGCAGAAUGUCGUACAACUAUCAGAGGGAGGAGAACCUCAAUCCCAGCCUCAAAAGGAUGGUAAUAGUCUGUUCACAGUGUUGAAGAGAAUAGACACGGUGGAUUUAGGUCGCUUAAAGGGUUACCUAAAACUACUGCUUAGACAAAUUGCAGAAGAGAAUUGGGAGGCGGACGAGCAGACGAGUGUCGAGGAAGAGCAGAAGGUCUUCGCGGAACUGCAGGAUCGCACCACCACUACCCGAACACACUUGUUCGACCGAACUCUCCAAGAAGUGAAAUAAUAUUCGAAAAAAGUACAACUACAAAAAGGUAACGAAUACGAAUUGCACAGCGUAUACAUAUGAAUUGAGGAUUCUAUCGCCAUAUUAUCUAAAUUAUUUGUGGAGGCACAAGGAUCGUACUCAUAGUUGUCAUGUGUCUAAACUUCGAAUUGUUUUGGCUUCCCUACUGAGAAUUGAGAGCUGCUUAAUUGUGAAGUUUCUCUUUUCGCUAAUGUUUCGCUUUUUUUAUAUUGAAUCCUGAAUUUUCUAUCUUGGUUGUACAAAUGUGGAGUGAAAACUAACUACGUAAAGUACCAUCCACACAAUGAGUAUUCAAAAUAUUCAUUGUAAGGAAUAGUGUGUCGGCUGUACCGCAGCAUAGCUUUGUCAGCAAAAACACUAAAAUUCAUCUUUGAGUGGUCGUACGUGAAUGUGAACGGACUAAAAUUAAACAAGGGUGUUGCCAAUUAAAGACUAUCAUAAGAUUGACAUUGAUGAACAUCUCUAUGAAUGUGUUACUGCGGAGCAGGUACAGAACUAAUAUUGUUAUCCCUGUCGUCGUAUUAUCUACCAUUAGGAGGUAACCAAUCAUCAACAUCGUGUUCACCAUCGUAUCUGUAUCUUUCUGAUCGGAGAUGUGGCGCGUAGUACUACGGCAAUUGUGUUCCGAAUUCAUCAAAACCGAGCAUGUGUAAGACGAGGACCCGUAGCGGAUACUACAGGUGCUGAGGCGGAGCAUGCGGAUGCAGAGCACAUAAAUGAGGGACUAAGUGAUAAAGUUCUGCAAGAAAAUAU